AUGACCAUCGACAGUAUCCGUUCUUAUUUGUUAAUUCCGUCAAAGAAUUACCAACUCAUUGAAACAGAAAUCCCACCAUUCCAACGAUGUCUUCUGAUCCUUUGGUCUCUUUGCAUUGCAACCCUCGGCAGCCUUCUAUAUUGGAUACUCCUCUUUCCUAAUGGUGAAGUAGCUCAGUGGUUAACCUUGAAAUACUUCCAAUUCAGGGCACGGCGAUACUCUUCAAGUUCAAAGGACCUUCGUGAAUCCGAGGUUGCUUACCUUGCGCACAUGCGUCUCCUAUCGUCCCGUACUCAGGGCGACCUUCUCUACCAGUGGAUCACUUUGGAGAAUCUCAAAUUGGUAUUGGACAUACUACUCAUGGUCGUCGAACUAUAUGAAAUUAUCCGGAACUCCUUCGACAAGGGAGGAGCGAGCCACGAGCAGCGCAGAACCGAGCGUGACACCCGACAAGCCCGAAGGGACUCCGAUCCUUCAAGCUCACAAACAGCCGACUAA